AGCCCUAGAAGCCGCACACGGACAGGAUUCCAGCAAAACUGGAUCCGGAUUUCCUAAUCGGCGCAUUUUCGGUUCUUCUAUCAUCCACGCAAGGAAAAUGAUGUAAAUUGUAUCACAAAUAUCGUUUAUUUACCGACUGUGACACACCAGAAAAGCGUCAGUAUCUUAUUUUUGCGUAGAAUAUAUCAUUUUUCAGUAAUCGUGUACAAAUGUCAUUGUCGUUCCAUGAAAAACAAGUUUUCCGUGUUUCCCCUGCAGCUCGCUGGCUCGGAAGGAGCAGGGGGAAAACAAACACGUCGAAGGGAGAAAGAUUGGUAGCCGGUGAGAUGUGAAGAUUGUCAGCCGCGAUUAUCAUUGUAUUCGUGUGAGUGUUUGUUCUGAACGUUGUUUUUUUAAACUUGGAGCCGUCGUGUGUCGCCGGCCGGCUGUGUUCACCGUGCGGGUUCUGCUCCUCGAGUAUGUGGUCGCUUCCUAACGGUUCGUCAGUGUUACCGGAGCGCCCGGUCCUCCCGCUGCGGGUUGCUGUUUUUCUCGACACUGUUGAUCAACUAUAAAUCGACGGCCGUCCGUACAGCAUCGAGCGGGUUUUCCCCCCACCUUUUGUGCAUUUUGCAUUGAAUAGAUUUCCGCAAUGCAUACGCGGCGUCUGGUGAAGCGGUCGAUCCUCGGCAGUCGCGUUUAUGCGCCGAGUCCUACGGGGGACGGGGCGCCGGUGACAGGAGUGGUCCAGGCUGUCAAGCAGGAAAACAGCGACGUCUCCUCCACCACCUCCACCACAGCACCGCGGCGCAACGUAUACACCGUGCUCCUGCAGGACGGCAGCCUCAAGGAGUUCUCCGAAGAGGAGAUUGCCUCGGGGGCCAACAACCAAACGCCGGCCAGAGGACCGCUGAAGCCGAGUUUGAAGCAGAACUCCAACAAUGGGUUUGGCGAGGGUCCGAAGGGAGAGGCCCCUGAGGAGCAGCGGCUGGCGGAGGGCAAGCGCCCGGGCCGGCCCCUGGACCCCGACGCCCGCUCCGUGUCCCUGCUGGAGCAGAAGCGCAAAGUGGUCUCCUCCAGCAUAGACGUCCCCCAUGCCAGGCGCUCAGAGGAGGAGGUGGACAUGGACAAGGUGACGGCUGCCAUGGUGCUGACCAGCCUCUCCACCAGCCCAUUGGUCAGGAGCCCGCCCGUCAAAGUCGGCGAGGCCCUGGUGGGCUCCUGGAAGGACCCGGGCUCCGCGGGGCCCCUGGCCCCGUCCAGCUACAGCUCGUCGGGGGGCUACUGGAGCUGGUCGGCCCCCAGCGACCAGUCCAACCCCUCCACGCCGUCGCCGCCCCUCUCCGCCGACAGCUGCAAGCCCUUCAGGGUGCCCAGCCUGGGGAACGGCGGCGGGGGGGCCCCGGGGCCCGAGGACCCCAGUCUGGACGACCAGGACGGCAGCAGCCUGCUGUUUGACGAGCCCAUCCCACGCAAGCGCAAGAACUCCAUGAAGGUCAUGUUCAAGUGUCUCUGGAAGAACUGUGGAAAGGUGUUGAGCACUGCAGCGGGCAUCCAGAGACACAUACGCACUGUGCACCUGGGGCGGAACUGCGACUCGGACUGGAGCGACGGCGAGGAGGACUUCUACUACACGGAGAUCAAGCUGAACACGGACGAGGGCCUGGGCGGCCCCUCCCCCGCCACGCCCUCCGUCCUCUCCCCUCCGCUGCCCCCUCACCCCCACCCUCCUCCCCUCUCCCACCUCCCCCCCGCCGCCGGCCCCGCCCAGCCCGGCGGCGGCGGCGGCGACGCCCACCGCUCCCCCGCGCAGAACAGCAUCGGCAUCUCCGUCGCCAAGGACAACCACGGCGGCGUCUGCAACGGCCGGCUCGGAGGGGGAGGGGGGGGCGGGGCCACGCCCCUGAGUCGCUCGGCGCCCAGCGCGCUCUACCUCAUACACGCCGACCACGCCUACCAGGCCACCGCCCCGGUCUCCAUCCCCUCGGCCGACAGCGGCGGUGGGGGUCCGGCCGUGGGCAGCUUCACCCCCACCAACAGCUUCAGCAUCUCCUGGCAGUCCCCGCCCGUCACCUUCACCGGGAACUCGGUGUCCCCCUGUAAGAGCCAGAGCUUCAGUGAGCAGCGGCCGCAGACCAUCGCCGUGCUGUCCUCCCCGCCCAGAGCCACGACCGCCAUCAGCCGGAAGGUGCGUGGUGAGGGUAAGAAGUGCCGGAAGGUGUACGGGAUGGAGAACCGAGACAUGUGGUGCACAGCCUGCCGAUGGAAAAAAGCCUGCCAGAGAUUCACCGACUGAGGCUCCGCCGUGCCCACCACAGAACCAACUCACCCCGCCUCCACGACGCCCCCGACCCCCGGGGCUUUGGCCUCCUGGGAAUGGGCUGGGGGGAAGAAGUGUGACGACCAACAUUCUGCAUGCUCAUCAUCCCUCGACAUUUGUGUCAAUAUCUGGCUUCGCCCCCCUUAAGCUCCCGCCUACUGCUACUCUGCACCAAUCCCGUGGUUGAAGAAACCAAAGGGGCAGCCGGGUCCACCAAUAGCAUUCCCCGUCCAGGUUGCCCCGGUGCUUUAUGCCCGUCCUUCCUUCUUUCCUUCCUUCCUUUCUUCCUUCCUUCCUUCCUCCCUUCCUUCCUUCCGUCCUUCUUUCCUUCCCCGGACUUCGGGGAAAACCCACGUGCAGCUAAACAGGGGAAGAAAAAGAACCGAAUUGACGCAUAUCUGCGGUUUUAUAUUGUUUUUGGAGUUUUGUGCUGUAUCUUUCUAUGUAACUCUCCCAUCUGUUCUUCAAUGGAAAGUAUACAAAGUGAACUUCAGAAGUAGUUACGAAACCUUUUGGUCCAUAGAACUCAAGAAGGCAAGUGAGGUCUUGGCUUGAGCUUUGUUUUGUCCGACGUGGUGGUGGUGAUGGAGGAGAGGCUUCCCUCUUCUCGCCUCCACAUGUCCCACUCUUUAUAGUGGGCCAUUUCUAACCCCCCUUUUGCAGCUUCUGUGGCCCAGCACAGGACGGUGUGGGUCACAGGAUGGAGGGCCGGGGGUCAAGGUGUAGUCAUAGACCCAGCCGGAGGCCACAGGACAUACCAUAAUGAAUGAUCAACGCAAAAGACUCCAUAUACAAACACAAAAUAUUACAUUUACAGUCAGGGAAGGCAGAUGGUACAGACCGCAGCAGACUGCAUGCGGACACAACCGGUACUAUUUUAUAUCUCUCUCACUUUUCUAACUGAAUUUGUUUGUCUUUUUUUUGUAUCAGGAAUGUGAUUUUAAAAGACAGCAAAAAAAAGAAUCUGCAAGAAAAACUGGUCAAUACAGCACCACUCACAAAUGAACCGUUUCUCACACGUCACACAAAAACAAUAUGUUACAACCAAAAUGUACUCUCUGUUCUUGGUAUCCUUUAAUAAGUCUGUGUACCAUGGUGUUCUAUUGUUUUUUCUUUUGUUAUUUCGGCUGUGUCCAAUUAGUCAGCUCAACCGGAGGGGGCGGGGGGAAAGGCUCAUAACCAAAAGUAAGGCACUUGCGCUGUCUGUGUGUUUGUGUUUGUGUGUGUGUGUGCGUGUGCCUGUGUGUGUGUGUGUGUGUGUGUGUGUGUGUGUGUGUGUGUGUGUGUGUGUGUGUGUGUGUGUGUGCCUGUGUGUGUGUGCCUGUGUGUGUGUGUGUGCGUGUGUGUGAUGGAGCACUUCUAGAGAGUUGAUAACCUCUUGUUACUCCCAUCAUGCCCUGGAUAUUGUGAUCACCAAGCUAGUAGAGGAACUCAGACAUUAAGGAAGCCUAACAUAAAAUGCACUCUGUUUUAAGAACAGUGGCUCUUUGACAAGCUCUAACUCACAUUGUUAACAGACUUAAAGUGUCAUGCAAUGGUGAAAUGGUCAAAACCAGCUUUUAUCACUGGUCUCCAUGUCGGCAAAAACAUUUUUUCAAGGCAAUCUCCAUUGUGAUUUCAAAAUUGAGUGAUCUUGACGAGCAUCCACAGCACGUUCAGUACCGUAGGAAUAAGCAUAAUGAAUCAUGCUGCUUCAAAUAUUGUCCAACCUUUCCCUGGGAAUCUAUGAAAAAACAGAAUCAUACCAAAAUAUGAACUGACCUUAGUGUAUUUACUGACCUUAGAUGAUGUCCUUUUCUCCUCCGGCCUUUGAUUUUGUGACAUGCUCGUAAUGUUGUGAAACGGUUGGAAAUGUAGUAUACAAUACAAAGAGAAAUCUUAUCAACAUCUGAUAAUGGUUAUACUAUAUACUAUACUGGUUAUACAUGGAUUUGUUUAUCCAACCUUUUCUCUCAAAUUCAUGAUUUUUUGCACAAUUUCUAGCACAUCUAAAUCAAAAUAGGUCGCCCAAGAAGCCAACACCAGCCAUUAAACUCGAGGGGCUUAGCCUCCUCAAACCAUCGCUUCCCUCCUCACACCGACAACGCUUUCUGUGUUCACUGUUUAUCUUUUAUUUCAAUAGAGAUAUGUCAAGCUAGUAUUUUCUCAAAAUCUCUUGUCUGCCACACAUUGAACCGAGAACUUCUCGUACUUGAGAGUUCAGUGGAGGUUUACUCUCACAGCGGGAAAUUGGAGAAACCUAAAAGUCCUCUCUUCAUCCGUUAUGUUGUGUUUUCUUCCAUGUCGUUACUCUACUUUGAAAUAUUUCUGAAUAUUUCAAAAUGAUCUUGCCAUUAUGUGAACGUAUUGUUGCUUAAGAAGAUUAAGACAAAUAUAUAUAUAUACUUAGAGAAAGAAAAAUAGUAUAAAAUACAACUUUGGACUUGAAGGUAAAUCCGAAAAGAGGUAUGUUUUUUUUCCGUUUUUUUUUUUUUAACCCUCGCAUACCUACAUGUAUAUAUAUAUAUAUGUUUUGUUUAAUUUUCAUGUUCUCCUGAAAAGGAGAUUUCCUGGCCAAUUAACCCAGUUUCUAUUUCCAACAGAGGAAUGGUCACACACACAUACACCCCUAAACACACACACACACAAACACACACACACACACACACACACACACACACACACACACACACACACAACCACAUUGACAUUCAUGCAAAAAGACACGGAUCUGAAACAAUGUUUGGCCAAAACCUUAACCUUAUUCCUCCCAAAUCACUCCUCACCGAGCUACACAGUCCCAUUAGCAAUUGACUUGGCUGACAGCUCAGUGUGUGUGUGUCCAUGUGCAUUGUGUGUGUGCGCAUCAUGGAGCCCCAGGGCUGGCUGGCCGCCCCUCUCUCCCCCCCACGCAAGGCACCAGUGUUUCAGUGUGGGCCCUGCAGUCGUCGUCUCCCCGGGGAUUCUCCGGCCGGUGGGAUUGAACUGGUCGAGAGGCACCAGGGGGCUGUCCUAGAACGGUCUCCUGCUGCAGUCCAAACCGUUUGACCGGGGGACGUGAACAUUCACCCACCAUAAGCGAUGUUUUGGGUGGAUAAUGCGGCAUCCCUUUACGCUUUCGCCUCUCUGAUUUCACCUUGGUUCAGUUCAUUCCUUGUUGUUCCAUUGCAUCCAGCCGCGAGGCUCUUGUGUAACAUUGCUGACGGUGCUUCAUGGGUUGUGUUUAUCAAUGACUUGUCUUCCACCAUACAGAACCUGUUGAGUCCAGUGUAAAGGCCCCGUGCCGGUAGGACAAGAUAUACGUAUAAGGGCGUGGGUAUUGUAAAAAACCAGACAGCGUAUCGGUAGAAUGAAGUUCUGAAAUGUUUCUCUAGUCGGCUCUGUGUUUGAUUUGACAACUCAAAUGAAUGAUGAAGUGACGGUCAGCCUCAGUGGCCUCUCCCAGGUACCAGGCGGGGUCUAUGCUUCUGGACAGGUGCCUGCUUCUGUAUUGGUUCUGUUCCCUUUCCAAUGAAUCAAUGACCUGAGCAAUGAGGCAUUUUCAAGGCUCUUUUAUUUUUGUAUUUUCAACCUAUUCCAUUUCAUAAUCGGCUUAUAAUGGUGCUUCUAAAAGUCUCUACGAAACAUUGUGUUUCUGUUUUUUUUGUUUGUUUGUUUCACACAGAGUUCCACUUCUAUGUCUCCCAUGCGUGCUGGUGAUCACACUUGCAGCAUACUCCAUUUUGUACCCGCUGUUACUCUGUAGAACAUGAAAAUAAAAACACCAUACGCUUACGUCUA